CACUCUGUUUUCAAUUUUUGAACUUUGUCUUUGUAAUGAUCUUUCAUAAUUACAGAGUUUGGCACAUUGCUAGCUCAGCUGAGCUGCUUAAUGAAAUGGAACGGUGGUGGUGAGACACUAAUCAUUAAGGAAGGAAGGAAGGAGCGAGGCGAGGGCAAAGGCAUCAGUAAACUAACAUGAGGAGGAUCAUCUGACCCCGCCCACCAUCACCAUCAUCACCUCACGUCGUGUAUCCCCUCCCCGGAACCGGAUCAACAGCCCUCGUACGGACAUGCCCCUCAACUGCCCUGCCUAGCUCCUUUCAUCAUCAUCAUGCACAGUCUUCCUCCAUCAGCUUGUUGCCAAUUAGAUCACUGAUCCGGAUCCUGCUUCUCCCAUCCCAUCCCAUCCCCACCUUGAGCUUGAGCUUGAGCUUGGUUGGCACAUGAUCUGUCUGAGAUUGGACAGGUGUGUUCACUGAUGGUAUAUUAUAUAUGAUGGCGAAUAACAAGAGGAAGAAUGAAAAUAAUAGUAAUAGUAGUAGCAGUGGUUACUCGUUGGACGAGGAGUGCGACUAUCUGUUCAAGGCUGUUCUGAUUGGGGACUCGGCCGUGGGGAAGUCCAACCUGCUCUCCAGGUUUGCGAGGGGCGAGUUUUGUGUGGACUCCAAGCCCACCAUAGGCGUUGAAUUUGCUUAUCGGAACAUCAAGGUCCGCGACAAGCUCGUCAAGGUUCAGAUUUGGGACACUGCCGGCCAAGAGCGAUUUAGAGCCAUCACCAGCUCCUACUACCGGGGAGCACUGGGCGCUCUGCUGGUAUACGACAUCACCAGGCGAUCAUCCUUCGAGAGCCUGAGAAAGUGGUUGAAAGAGCUGCGUGAGUUUGGGGGCCGCGACAUGGUGGUGGUCCUGCUGGGGAACAAGUCGGAUUUAGGGGGCCACUCGAGGGAGGUGAACCUGGAGGAUGGGCGGAGUCUGGCGCAGCUGGAAUCCCUGUCUUUCCUGGAGACUUCGGCCAAGGACAAUCUCAAUGUGGAGGAGGCCUUUCUGCAGAUGAUCACCAGGAUAUACGAACUCACAUGCAACAAAGCCCUGCUGGAGCCUAAACUUGGCGGCGACCACUGCGACUGUUACUGUGAGGCAGCAGCAGCAGCGCCCAACACACGGGGGGCACAGAUGAAGAUGAAGAUGAAGAAGAAGGAAGAGAUUAUAUGUUUUGAGGAGGAUGAUCAAAGACAAGUUUCUGCCACUAAACCACCAGGCCCUUAUUGCUGCCCCUCCUCAUAAUAAUAUUCCUGACUGAUUGAUUGAAGAAGAUGAUUAUGGAUUCAAUUAUAUUAGUAUUAUUCAAUCCCAUCUAAUCUGUCCGUCGGGUUUUGAUGCAUGCAUGCAUGCGUGUUGUAGACAGACAGACAGCAUACUCGCUCCUGAAUCCAGAUUCGAUUUGGGUAGUCAAUGCAAUGCAACAAUUAAUCAGAGGCUCA